GCUCUUUGGUUUUUUGCGCGCUCACGAUAUCCACACCGACCGAGCCCGAAUCAAACAAAAGCUAGCGCAAGUUGCGUCCAGCGUUUCAAAGCGACCUGUGAGUUCGAUUCGUAAGGAUCAAUUCUAACUAGACAUAAUUGUGGAGGUGAAUCUUUCUAGUCUGUUCAGUGCUAUCUUUGCAAGUGACUAUUUUUUUUCGAAGUUCUUCAUCAGAAUUCAACUGACAAAACAGUAUUAAAGAUGGCCUACCGAUACGCUUGCGUGCUCUUGACCGUUGCGCUGUGCGCCGCCCCAGCCCUGUCUUUCUCGGCCGGUGCUCCGAAUGGUGCCUGCGGGGACAUGAUCCCUCAGCAUCACACCGACCCGCAGAAGUCGGCUGCCCCGUACAAGAUCCUGCUCGGUAAGAAGCAGAUCAAAUCCGGCGAGGGCGUCACCGUCACCGUACAAGGCAACACACCAAAGGAUACCAUCAAGGGUCUGCUGUGCCAGGCUCGAGUCGGCGAGACCCCAGUCGGAUCGUUCGACGUUCCUCCAAACAACAAUUACAUCCAAACCCUAGACUGCGGUAGCGCUAAGAAGUCGGCCGUCACCCACAAGAAGAUCACCACUGCGCCAAAUAGCAUCUCCUUCAACUGGGUUGCCCCACGUGGACUUAGUGAAAACGUCAAGAUGACCUGUACCAUUGCCCUGAACGGAGGCGUUUUCUGGGUCAUGGAGCAGGGAGAUAACCUGAAGGUUAACUAAGUACCGAAAACAAAACAGAUGUGACCAAAACGAUGAUUUUUUUUAACUAUGAUUGAGCUAAAUUUCUGGCUAGAACAGACUGUGACGUUCACUUCCAAUCAACAUAAUUUUAAGUACAAUCAAGGUUUGUUAUAAGACCACUUUUUGUGUUAUUGACAAUAAAUUUGUGUUCUAUGUAUGA